GAUGAUGUACGUACGUGGUGGGGAUAGGGACACCCGCCUGGUUCAGGCAUAGAUUUAGUAGCUUGCCUGUACAACAGGAGUGGGGACUGUGGCAGAUCUGCACAGCAUACAUGCCUAGUGAAAGAACGACUUGCGAAAUUUACCGAGAUAUUAGUCAGGGGUCCGGUGUCUUCCAUGCCACCCGUGCCUUUGCCGUGAUCGGAUCGCUGCUGCUCAUCGCUGGUGUAGCUCUGGCCUGCUUCGCCGUGUGCAGGAACUCCAACAAAGACAAGAGGAAAUAUGGUGCCCUGAUCAUUGCUGGAGGGGCCUGUGGGGUAAUUGCUGUCGCCAUCUUUGGGGUGAGAAUGUGGAUUGCCAUCGGGGCGGUCGUGUGGGUCCCUUACGGCUACUCCUUCCACCUGACCUGGGUGCAGGCGUUGGUAACGUUCGGUGGAGGAGCCGCCAUCAUCAAAGCUGGGUGCAGGAACGCAGAGAAUGAGCAACCAAUGCAUCGUGAAGAAGUUAUUGCCAUGAGAGAGUCUAUUAUUUAAUCAUUAUAAUUAUUUAUUGAGAAGAAGGAAGAGGAAGAAACAGAGAGGAAGAAAGUGACCUAAAACAUGAACAAUACCUGAACCCCUGUGAAGGCAAACUUAAAAAAGAAAAGCCCGCAUAUCUCGUGUUUCACAUCUCAUUUCCGUUCUCUAAAUGAUGUAUACAUGCACUGUCAAUCAUAUAUAUGCAUAAAUUAACAACCAAUUAGCUAUAGCUUGCUGGAUUUG